AUGGCGUGGCGGGAAGGGGAUAUGGCGUGGCGGAAGGGGAUAUGGCGUGGCGGGAAGGGGAUAUGGCGUGGCGGGAAGGGAUAUGGCGUGGCUGGAAGGGAUAUGGCGUGGCGGGAAGGGGAUGGCGUGGCGGGAGGGAAGGGGAUAUGGCGUGGCGGGAAGGGGAUAUGGCGUGGCGGGAGGGGAAGGGGAUAUGGCGUGGCGGGAAGGGGAUAUGGCGUGGCGGGAAGGGGAUAUGGCGUGGCGGGAAGGGAUAUGGCGUGGCGGGAAGGGGACAUGGCGUGGCGGGAAGGGGAUAUGGCGUGGCGGGAAGGGGAUAUGGCGUGGCGGGAAGGGGAUAUGGCGUGGCGGGAAGGGGAUAUGGCGUGGCGGGAAGGGGAUAUGGCGUGGCGGGAAGGGGAUAUGGCGUGGCGGGAAGGGGAUAUGGCGUGGCUGGAAGGGGAUAUGGCGUGGCGGGAAGGGGAUAUGGCGUGGCGGUGGUCGCGGCGGGCCCGCGAGAGGAGGCGUGGGGCCCGUCCGAUGAACCGAGCCAGUAUGGAGGCAUUUUCGCAGCCACGAAUGGGUAUAAAUUAG